UCUUUUUAAAUCUUUUGGAGUCUUACAUUUUCGGGUGUUUUGCAUCAAAAGAAAAAUCUUAAACUACAUAGAUAGUUAGAUACAGGCGUAUAGUAAGUUCGUCACUCAAUUCCUUUAGAACCUCUAGAACCUCUCAUACGCAAAUUCGUCACUCAUACGCUACUUCCAAAGCUCGAAUUGCAGCGCCAGCUAGCAAUUGCCACUCACCGGCCGACCAUCCGAGAUAUUCAGCGGACAGCAAGUGCACCACUUCUCCCACGGUCUAAGUUGCUGUGAUUUUCCUUCUUCAAUGGCGAUUCCCUUACCUCAUUGUAUUCAAACCACCAUUGUUCCUCGGCGGAACUUUGUUGUAUUUCCCAGGAGUUUAAAUUCGAGAUUUGGGUAUAUCAAGAAGACCCACUUCCAAGUUUUGGCAUGCUCCUCUGUAGCAGAUAAAGGCCUUUCGUCUGACAAGAGAGUUGAGACGUUGCUAGACAGUGUCAAGUGGGAUGAUAAAGGUCUAGCAGUGGCUAUAGCUCAAAAUGUUGAUACAGGAGCUAUAUUAAUGCAAGGCUUUAUUAACAGGGUUGCACUAGCCACCACCAUUUCGUCUCGCAAGGCAACUUUUUACAGCAGAUCAAGGAAACAACUGUGGAUAAAAGGAGAGACAUCUUCUAACUUUAUCAACGUACAUGACAUUUUCCUGGAUUGUGACCGUGACUCGAUAAUAUACCUGGGGAAGCCUGAUGGACCAACUUGUCAUACCGGUGCCGAAACGUGUUACUUCUCCUCUGUUUCCAACAUUGUUGAAAAUUCUCAGGUUGAAAAAGAUCUAUUGGCCAUGACAACGUUGUACUCACUUGAAUCAACAAUUUCUGAGCGGAAAACUGAAAUUGUAAGGAAUUUAGAAAGCAAAUCUUCAUGGACAAAAAAGUUAUUGCUUGAUGAAAAGUUGCUCUGCUCAAAAGUCAGGGAAGAAGCUGAUGAGUUGUGCCGCACACUAGAGGAUAACGAGGAUAAGUCUCGAGCUGCUUCAGAGAUGGCAGAUGUGCUUUAUCAUUCUAUGGUUCUUCUGGCACUUAAAGAUGUGAAAAUGGAGGAUGUCUUUGAAGUUCUCCGAAAAAGAUUCUCCAAAUCAGGAAUCGAAGAAAAGAAGAGUCGCAACUCGCAAAACUAGUUUUUCAAACUUCUCUCCUGACAAGCUUCUUGAUCUGCUGCCUGCGGUCACUCUUCCUUUUAAAGGAUAUUGACAAUGAUAUACUAACUCCUCUGUUUCCUUGUACUGUCUGGUGAAGAAGAUAUUUGAUGUUGUUCCAUGGUUAUUUUCAUAUGGAACUAUGGCCAUGUGAAGCUCAGCAUAUGUGGUUUUUUUCUCUAUGCUGCUCAUACUUGGGAUUCGUGUCGGACACUGGUAUGUGUCUAAGUUUCCGACUUGGCUGUGAAAAAGUUUCCAUGCUUUUAGCCAAAAAUGAAGUGUCAAAAGUGUACAAGAAUGAAGAGUUUUAACACAUAUAUGACAUAUCUCCUCUAGGUACUCACUGUUGUGAAUGAAUAACUGAAUAAUGCUAAUCAUUAAAACAUUGUUGUAGUACAAUGGUUCUCUUUAUAUCAUAACUUAUGUCUCAUUUAUGGUUUGAUUGUCA